AUGCGGCAGGCCGAACAAGACAUUGUGAAUAUUCCCACUGACACUGAUGCAGCCGCACAGACGGCUGCCGCACAAAGAGAUGAAGACCUGGCCCAUAGGACUCAGGAGGCAGAUAGAAUGACUGCCAUGCAAGUAACCAUCGACAACAUGACUAAUCAGGUCAAUGUUGUCAACGCUGCCUUACAGGGCCUACUCCGAGGAGGGGGAAAUCCUAUUGGGGGCGCGGCAAACAUUGCCGCGGCACCCCAGAAACUCAAGAUUCCUGAACCAAAGCCCUAUCAGGGUGCUCGAAACGCCAAAGAAGUGGAAAAUUUAAUCUUUGACAUCGAGCAGUACUUCGACGCUGUGGGAGAAUUGGAGGAGCCCAAGAAGGUAGCAACUUCUGCCAUGUAUUUACAAGGCGACGCCAAACUCUGGUGGCGUGUGAAAUAUGAAGCUAUCAAGGCAGGUGAGGAUGCUCUUGAGACAUGGGAAGAACUAAAAGCAGCAAUUUGUUUACAGUUCUUCCCCGAGAACGUCGAGUAUAAUGCACGGAGGAAACUUCGGGAACUCAGGCAAACGAAGUCAGUCCGAGAUUAUGUCCGCGAGUUCUCUGCACUCAUGUUGAACAUAAGGGACAUGGGCGACAAGGACAAGCUUUUCACGUUCAUGGAAGGUUUGAAACCCUAUGCCCGUAUGGAAAUACAAAGACAAAGGGUGGAUUCCUUGCCCAAAGCUAUCCAAGAUGCGGAAUGCCUCAGUGACUACCAAGUGGAUGCUCGAAAGGAUAGACCUCAACCACCAGCCCGUGGGGGAUUCAAAGGGGGCCAAUCCUACAAUGCUGGCCCCAGCCGAAGUGGGGGAGAUCGUAGUGUGACCAAAUCUAAAGGUUCCUCCUCAGGCAGCAAUAGUGCUGCAUCUCAUAAUAAUGAUCGGGGGCGGAAGCCCCCCUCAGGAUGUCGUCAUUGCGGCGGACCACAUUGGAACAAUGAAUGCCCACAGGCACAGAUGAAUGCCCAUCAAAUUCUAGAUGAUGGGACGGACGAUGAUGAGGAUGAUGCGGAUCAGACAGAACCAAUAGGUGCCUUCAAUGCACUUGUUUGUUCCAUUUCCAACGCUGUAGAGGGCACCAGGGUCGGCAUAUGCAAAAAGAAAGAGCCAAGCUCGACUGCCAAGAGGGGAAAGACAAAGGCAGGCAACGAGCCUCCUCCCAGCAAGGAGAAGACCCUGAUGUUUGUCGACUUGAGAGUAAAUGGCAAACCUAUUAAGGCCAUGAUAGACACAGGUGCUAUGCACAAUUAUCUGGCCACCACAGAAGUAGAACGCCUUGGUCUAGUUGUUAGAAAGGGUAAAGGUCGUGUCAAAGCUAUCAACUCACCGCCCCAAUUGGUGGGUGGGAUAGCCAAAGGAGUGCCGGUAAAGAUGGGUCCUUAUGAAGGCAAGUUCGACCUUCGGGUAGUGAUCAUUGAUGACUUCGACUUGAUAGUGGGGUUGGAAUUCAUGAGACAAACUAACAUCAUUCCCAUACCCUACGCGGAUGUGCUUCUGAUGAUGGGAGCAAACGGGGCCAAACCCUGCAUUGUCCCAUGCACAACCAUAAAGAUGGCUUCAGGAAACAUCUCUGCAUUGCAGCUGAAGAAGAGGGUCCAUCGACAAGAACCCACGUUCCUAGCUACCCUUUGCAUUGAAGAGAUUGAGCGUUCUUCGGGUCCCAUUCCAAUGCCCGUGAAGGAGCUCAUGAAGGAAUUUGAGGAUGUCAUGCCGCAAGAUAUGUCGAAACGACUCCCGCCUAGGCGGACGGUCGAUCAUGAAAUUGCAUUAGUGCCGGGCGCGAAGCCACCUGCCCGGGCACCCUACAGAAUGUCACAACCCGAACUCACCGAGUUUCGGAGACAGUUGACGGAGAUGCUGGACACGGGGAUCAUCGUGCCCUCCAAGUCUCCUUAUGGGUCACCUGUACUAUUCCAAAAGAAACACGAUGGCACCCUAAGGCUUUGUGUUGACUAUAGGGCCCUCAACAAGAUCACCGUGAAGAACAAGUACCCCAUACCACUGAUGGCGGACUCGUUUGACAGACUGGGCGGUGCCACAGUGUUCACCAAAAUAGACCUGAAAACAUGUUAUUGGCAAGUCCGCAUUGCGGAAGGAGACGAGUCCAAGACGACAUGUGUGACAAGAUAUGGCUCGUUCGACUUCCUGGUCAUGCCGUUCAGUCUGACCAAUGCUCCAGCCACGUUUUGCACUCUAAUGAACCAGGUCUUUCGAGAAUACAUUGAUGAAUUUGUGGUGGUAUACCUGGACGACAUUGUGGUGUACAGCAAAACGUUAGGCGAACACCUGGAGCACCUAAGGAAAGUCCUAGCUCGGUUGCGGGAGCAUGGAUUGUACGUAAAGCUAUCCAAAUGCUCCUUUGCUCAGAAAUAG